AUGUAUAAGAAAUGGCUUGGUGUGGGUGAUGAAGAUGAAAAGGAUGCUUGGCUUCAACUAGUUUUAGAUAGUGAUGAGGAAGAAGAUGAUGGAUUUAUGGAUGAGAGAAAGAGGUCUAUAGAGAUGUAUAGAGGUUCGUUUAGGGUUUUAAGUAGUAUAGGGUCUAGUGGUGCUAGGCGAGUGGGGUCUCGUGGUGGUUUAAGUGGUAACUCGCGUUUAGGAUUUAUUGAAGUCAGCUACUUGUGA